AUGAUUCAAGAUCACCAUUGUAAGAUGCACAGGGUAGGUCGUUAAGGUAUAUACAAAAGAGCAAAGGCGAUAAAAUAGCCCCUUGAGGUAAACUAUAAGUUAUCGGUAAUGGAUCUGAUAACGUAGAGUUAAUACAAGUUGAUUGAAAACGGUCUUUUAAGUAGCUUCUCCCCCCCCCCUACUAUAUGGUAUACAUACUCUAGGUAUACACUCUAUAAACCCUCUCUCUCUCUUUCUCUAAUAAGACUACUUCAGAAAGAAUAAGACCACCCCACCCACCCCCAAUCCGGGCUUAAAGAUAGAGUACGGUAAUUUAGGUGGUGCGAAAAGGAAAGUUUGGAAAGGCAAUACCUUAUCAGAAAUAGUAUUAAUUUCAUCGUUCUUAUCAGAGUCGCAGAUGUUCGCCUUCUUUCCCGAAACUUGUGGUGAAAACAUAAACAUCGCUUGGAUAAACCUCUCUCUCUUACACUUUCAAGUACCGACUUUGAUGUACUGAUGAAGUCAUUCAAACUAUUCAACUUUCUCUCACAAAUUCUGCAAAAUCGCAAACUUCCUUCCCCACAACAAACGUUCACGUUCAACGCGACGUUGAUUUUUGAUGCUAAAUCUCUUCUUUUUCCAACGCCAUAUGUAAUAUGUAAGUAUAAAUAUGUAAGUAUUUUUUAGCUUAGCGAGGUGUAUAGUGAAACUAAACGUUUGAGGGCACUAGCUCACGGCCCGGCUAUGACUGCAGAAGAACGUUUCGCAGUGAAAAGCAAUGACUGAUAUAUGAUAGUUAAGCAAUUUGCUCUCAGUUGAUGCACAGUUAAUAAAAUAGGAUGGUUUGGCUAGCCGGCAAACUUCAAAGGGAUUAGGCGACGGCGGCAAAAUAUGUUGAGGAUCAAAGGAAAAAGAUGUCACGUGACGGUUUUAGUGCAUGGCUUGAGACCAAUUACUAUAAGAUUAUAUUAUAGUUUCCAAUGUUUUCAUGUUUCAUCGCGAAAUAACGGAGCUAAUAACAUUUAUUUUUGUGCUAAACAAAAGUCAUAUCAUACAAUUAAAGAGUUAUGGACGACGAUUUAGAGGCGAUUGUAUCGAUUCCCAGGGAAUUGGAAGGCGAAAGUUGUUCGAGCAACAUUGUCGAGGAGUUGGCGUUAUUUGAACAUGAAGGAACCUGCGAGGAUAUUUUCUCUUAUAUAUAAUUUUGAAAUUGCGUUGUCUUUUAUUUGAUGGAAACACUUGCAUGGAACCACCCUCCCUAAAAUCGGGUUGGGGAAAUUUUGGCGGGAAGCACAUGUGUUGUUGUUGUGAGGAGUCGAAGCGAGUGACUCAGUAUCGGGAUUAAUAUGAGAUUUGUUAUGUAUUAAACUUUACAGUAUUAUUAUUUUUGUGGGAAAUUAUUUACGGAGGUUGUUGAUAGUAAUUUUCUAUAAGUGGCACCUUGACGACGGGAUUUUAAGCGAGAUUUAAGCGAGAUUUAAGCGAGAUUUUAAGCGAGAUUUUAAGCGAGAUUAUAAAGUGGAAACAUAGAAGCGAAGAAAUUGGAUACGAAGUUGAAACAAUUAAAGCUUACUGUAGAUCGAACAGGUACGAUUGUCGAAUCGAAUCAACAAGAUGCAAUCGAGAGACAUUGUGCUACUAUCAAAUCUAUAACAAAUAGCAUAAACGAAAUCGAGUAGCUGUCGAAGAGAUUAAAAUACAAGCCGAGACAGACAUUACGGAAAUUACAACUUGGAACACGGAAAUCGACAAUAAACUAGCGGAGUCGGAUAAAGUCGUCGAAGAACUGAGAACAUGGCUUGAUCAGCGUCGAAAGGAGAAGGAUAACGUAGCGAGAGAAGAACAAAUUCAAUUUGAAACAAUGCUUUUCAAAACAAGAAUGGAAUUCGAGACGAAGUUAGCAAGUGCGAAAGUGGAAACACUGACAAUAAAUAAAGAGGGGAAUUUGCAAGGUGAGUCGCAACAAAGUACAUUAGCUAAACUACCGAAGUUAGUUAUUUCAAAAUUUGGUGGAGAUUUUCAAGAUUGGCAAAGGUUCUGGGGACAAUUUACAGAAACAGUCGAUAAAACUAAUAUGCCCGCCAUCACGAAAUUUACCUACCUCUGUGAGUUGCUUGACCCCAAUAUAAAGCAUGUUAUUGAUUCAUUACCCUUCACUACAAAGGGCUACAACAGGGCAAAAUCUAUCCUGAAAGAUCGCUAUGGGAAAGAAUCGGAAAUUAUUAAGUCGUAUGUCAAGGAUAUAAUGGAUUUGCCAUAUAUUCACGGUGCAAACCCCAAGAAAAUUCGAGAUUUUAGUGAGCGUCUUAACCAUUGUAUGCAAGCGCUGCAAACAAUGAACAGACUGAGUCAGGUUAACGGCAACGUCGCGAUGACGUUGGACAAACUCCCCGGGAUUAGGGGGGAUCUUGUUCGAACAGACCCUGACUGGGAGAGGUGGACCUAUGUCCAGUUAUCAGAGGCAGUUCGCCAGUGGGUCAAGAGGAACCCCGUGGACCAAAGUCGUACAGAUCGAGAUAAAGAUCGACAAAUCAAAUCCUUUCAUGCGAAGUCACGUGAAUGCGUUUAUUGCGGUGACGUAACUCAUAAAGCAGGGAACUGCACCAAGAUUACUAGUGUGACAGAACGGAAACAAAUUCUAGCAAGAAAACGAUUAUGCUUCAAUUGUGCGAUUGGAACCCAUCGUGCAGCUGAGUGUUCCAGCAAGGGAUCCUGUCAAAAUUGUGGAAAACGACACCACACUUCCAUCUGUGAUACAGCAAAAGUCGAAGGAAAGGAGCAAGUUAUGACUACAAACCAGUCGAGCGAAAGCGUGUUGCCAGUUAUUGUUAUCAAGGUGAACGGAGUCAAGUGUAGAGCGUUAAUCGAUACAGGAUCUGGGAGCUCAUAUAUUUCAGCGAAACUCAUAGAAGUAGUGAAAGCGAAACCUAUUUCGACACAAACAAGGCAAGUUGAAAUGCUUAUGUCCUCGAAGAGUGUACGCAUGGACAUAUACGAAUUGAACACUGAAUCCGUUGACGGACAGUACCAAAUGCCAGUGAAGUUCAUCAAAGUGAAUAAACCAGAACUUCUCACUAUUGAAAACCCAAAUUACGCUGACCUCAUACGAGACAACGCCCAUCUGUCUGAGGUGAUAAUCGCAGACAAAGACACCAAGAGUCAACUUCCUGUGCAUGUUAUCUUUGGAAGUGGCGAAUACGCACGCAUCAAGACCGAGACGAAACUUUGUGUGAGAAAGGAAGGUGGCCCAGUCGCGGAGCUGACGAAGAUGGGAUGGUUCAUAAUGAGCCCUGGAACAGAGUUCGACCGGAACCGGAUGCUGUUGACGCAAACUUCACAAAGUGAUUACGAAGGUUUAUGUCGAAUGGACAUUCUUGGACUUGCUGAUGCAGCUGAGAAUGACCAAACUAUCGUGCAUGCUGAGUUCAAGGAGCAACUUCACCGUGACAAAGAAGGCUGGUACGAGACAGGGUUACCUUGGCGAGCUAACCAUCCAGAUUUGCCGAAUAACGAACAUGGAAGUCUACAUCGAUUGAGCAAGCUAGAGAAAAGUUUACAGCGAAAGGACUUAACGGUAGCGUAUAACGAAGUUAUUGACAGUCAAGUAAAAGAAAAUAUCGUUGAGAAAGCUCCUGUCAAAGCCUCGGGUCAAGAGUUCUAUAUUCCGCACAAACCGGUUGUGCGAGAAGCGGCAUCAUCGACAAAGUUACGAGUCGUUUAUGACGCGUCAGCACGUGCGUCUCCUGAUUCCCCAUCCCUCAACGAAUGCCUUAACCCCGGACCCCCACUUCUCAAUCGACUAUGGGAUGUUCUAGUCCGACAACGCGUUUAUCCAGUUGCAGUAACCGGAGACAUUCGCCAAGCAUUCUUACAAAUACGUGUACGAGAAACCGAACGAGAUGCCCUAAGAUUCCAUUGGCGGUCGGGUGAAGAAGCUGAAAUCGAGACAUACCGUUUUACGCGGGUUCUGUUUGGUCUUGCCCCUUCUCCGUUUCUCCUCAACGGUGUUCUAGAAGCUCAUCUUGACACAUGGGAAAGGAGAUGUCCUGAAGUUGUAGCUGAGCUGAGAAAGAGUCUAUAUGUUGAUGACCUUCUGUCAGGUGGACAAACAACCGAGCAAGCACAACACACGAAGGAAAUGGCCAGUGAGAUACUUCAAGACGCCACAUUUCAACUACACAAGUGGAAUUCCAAUGUUCCUGAACUGGAAGACAAGACCACAACACAAGCAGAAGACGAGCAGAUCUACAGUACGCGAAGCAACAAUUGAAUGUAAACCAACAAGAUUCAAAGAUACUCGGGCUGAAAUGGAAUAAGCAACAGGACAUUUUGAGUGCAGUAGUCCCCAAAGAAGAGGUUCAACCGACAAAACGUGGAGUACUCGGAAAGCUAGCCAGGAUCUACGACCCUCUAGGACUUAUCGCACCAGUGACACUCGAAGGUAAACAAAUCUACCGAGAAGUCUGUGAAUCUCAAAAGGCGUGGGAUACCCCAUUAAACGAGAACCUUCAACAACGUUGGAAAAAAUGGGAGGAAGAAACGCUUGGGGAAUAUUCAGUACCAAGAUCAAUCACUCGUCAUCAGGAAGAAAUAGAAGCUGUAGAGCUACAUGCAUUUAGUGAUGCCUCUAUGAAAAGAGUUGGAGCGGCUGUUUAUUCGGUGGUUCAUCAACCUUCUGGAACCACUCAACAACUUGUAGCAGCGAAAAGUACUCUUGCCAAGAAAACCUUAACAAUACCUAGGCUUGAACUGGUUGGCGCGCACAUGGCUACUAACCUGCUUAUCAACGUACGAAACGCCCUUGAUAAUAUCCCAACACCACAACUAUUCGGGUGGAUUGACAGUACAGUUGCCCUACAUUGGCUCAAAGGGAACGGUCAGUAUAAACAAUUCGUGGCCAAGAUACAGUUACACAAAGAGAUCCAUUGGAGAUAUGUGCCCACAAGUGAUAACCCCGCUGACCUGGCAAGCCGGGGUGGUCAAAUCAAACAGAAAGCGCUUUGGGAGAAUGGUCCAAAAUGGCUUCAAGACGAGAGUGAGUGGCCAGAAAAUUUGGUGACGAAAGCUUCGCCAUCCUCAGAGACGGAAGCAAGAGCAACAAAGGAACUAUUAAAUGUCGUAAAUGUCAAGGAAGAUGCCGACGAAUUCGAUCGAUCACUGGAACGCUUAAACUUAAGACGAGCCUGUAGAGUUGGGGUGUGGAUCAAGAGGUCCAUACACAACUGCAGAAAUAACGACAAAAGGUCCGGACCAAUUACGACGGAAGAAGUAAUCAGAGAACGCGAUUGGUGGAUUCGGCGUGUUCAACAACGAGUACAGAAAGAACCACACUAUCCAAAGUUGGUGGAAGAGUUAGGAUUACGUACUAAUGCAGAUAAUAUACUGGUAUGUCACGGGAGAAUUCAAGGAAAAUAUCCAAUAUUCCUUCCAAGAGGCGCGAAGUUUACAGAGAAGUUAGUACAACGAGUACACAGUGAAACGCUCCACGGGGGAGUAAACUUAACUAUGGCUGCAGUUAGAGAGCAAUUCUGGGUGUCUCGGUUGCGAAGCUUAGUCAAAAUCGUUCGUAGCAACUGUUAUGGGUGCAAGAGAUUCCGCGCGUCAGCGAUCACUAAACCGGUACCAGGUCAACUACCAGAAGAACGCACCACGGUCGGAGGAGCCUUUGAAGUCAUCGGUAGAGAUUUUGCUGGUCCUAUCAGAUAUAAGCAGAAAGGCAACAAGGAAGGAAAGGCAUAUUUGGCUAUUUUCGCGUGUAGCCUUUCUCGAGCUGUGCAUCUAGAGUUAUUACCAAAUAUGGAAACGGAAACGUUCAUACCAUGUCUUAAGCGAUUUAUCGCGCGUCGUGGAAGACCACGUAUCAUUUACUCGGACAAUGGUGGAACAUUUAUUAAAGCCGCAAAAUGGAUUUCACAGCUACGGAAGGAUGAACGACUUCGAGGUAUUCUAGAACGGUACGAGAUAACAUGGAGGUUCAAUUUAAGUCGUGCCCCAUGGUGGGGCGGACAGUUUGAGAGGCUUAUUGCAAUUGUUAAGUCCGCCAUGUACAAAGUAAUUGGGAAUGCUGUUCUUACUUGGACGGAGCUUAGUGAAGUAUUGUUGGAUGUCGAAACGCAAAUUAAUCGUCGACCGCUCAACUAUGUUGAAGAUGAUCUAGAGUUGCCAACGUUGACACCAGAAACAUUCCUAUAUCAGCGCACGUCUCAUUUGCCAGAACAGCAGACUUGGACAAUAGCAGAACAAGAUAUUCGGAAACGAGCGAAAUUUCUUAAAUCGUGCAAGGAUUGGUUGUGGCGUAGAUGGCAAAGAGAAUAUCUGACUGCACUAAGGGAAAGACACAAUCUAACGCAUAAAUUGAGCAAAUUUCGGCCGACGGAAGGCGAUGUAGUUAUCGUGAAAGCAGAUUCCAACAAUCGAGGAACUUGGCCCCUAGCAGUGGUUACUAAAACAUUCGUUGGUAAAGACGGAGUUAUUCGAGGCGUUCAGCUCAAGACUGGAAAGGGAACAAUAGAAAGGCCAGUCCAAUUGUUAUAUCCACUUGAGUUAGCUUGUGAUGCCAAGCCGAUCGCGAACGGAGUGAGUCUAAAUCCAAGAGCAACAGAAUUCCGACCCAAGCGAGCCGCAGCAGCUACAGCAAACGCCCGGAUUAGACAAAUCCAAGAGAUAGAAGAAGAAGACGAGAUAUAAACACUUAACAUUAAUCAUUAACAAGAGUAGUGGACUCUUAUUAACGUUGACAUUAUUAGCUAUUAGUAAUAUUAAGGUUAUAUACCGAACUUUAUUAGAUCAUAGAACAACGGACAGUUAUAACAUAUGCAUCUAGUCUAGAAUGCAUACGGGGGAGUGUGAUGGAAACACUUGCAUGGAAACACCCACCCUAAAAUCGGGUUGGGGAAAUUUUGGCGGGAAGCACAUGUGUUGUUGUUGUGAGGAGUCGAAGCUAGUGACUCAGUAUCGGGAUUAAUAUGAGAUCUAUUAUGUAUUAAACUUUACAGUAUUAUUAUUUUUGAGGGAAAUUAUUUACGGAGGCUGUUGAGAGUAAUUUUCUACAUAUUGAAGAAGUCGAAGCAACUAUGGAAGAGGAGGUCUCAGACGCUGUGAGCGAAAUAUCAGUCGAAAAUAACUUUCCUUGCAAAAAUUGUGACAGGAUUUCAGGAUUUGCAAGUCGAAAGGUGGCUUGACGAGACAAAAAAAUGCAAAACAUGGGAACAAAAUUACAGCGGGGAAAGAGAACGUUUCUGCAUCGAAGAUAUCGCUAACACCUGAGUAGUUAAAAUCCAUUGUUGAUAAAGUUAAGACAAAAAUAAAGGAGGAUGCUUUCUGGGACAGCGAAAUGACUUCGAAUAUGGCAAGCAUAACAUCGAACUAUUCACUAUAUACGAUAAUAUAUUGCCAAUUUAUGAACGAUUUUGUCGAAAGCUAAAUCAAUAUUCAUGCUUAGCAGACUUUCGUCUUGCCUAUUGCAGUCUAAAAACCAACAAUUAUGCAGUCGUAGACGCUAUUGAUAUGAUCUCAGAUACUAGGGACACCCUACCCCCGAGACAACUUUACCGCACGGCAAUAUGA